AUGUCACCCGUCCCCAGAUCACACCACCCAGUCCCCAGUCCCCACAUCACACCACCCAGUCCCCAGUCCCCACAUCACACCACCCAGUCCCCAGUCCCCACAUCACACCAACCCUCCCCAGUCCCCACAUCACACCACCCAGUCCCCAGUCCCCACAUCACACCACCCAGUCCCCAGUCCCCACAUCACACCACCCAGUCCCCAGUCCCCACAUCACACCACCCAGUCCCCAGUCCCCACAUCACACCACCCAGUCCCCAGUCCCCAGAUCACACCACCCCUCCACAUCCCCAGAUCACACCACCCCUCCUACAGUCCCCACAUCACACCACCCCUCCUACAGUCCCCACAUCACACCACCCCUCCCCAGUCCCCACAUCACACCACCCCUCCCCAGUCCCCACAUCACACCACCCCUCCCCAGUCCCCACAUCACACCACCCCUCCACAGUCCCCACAUCACACCACCCAGUCCCCAGUCCCCACAUCACACCACCCAGUCCCCAGUCCCCACAUCACACCACCCAGUCCCCAGUCCCCACAUCACACCACCCAGUCCCCACAUCACAGCAUCCCCUCCUACAGUCCCCACAUCACACCAACCCUCCCCAGUCCCCACAUCACACCAACCCUCCCCAGUCCCCACAUCACACCACCCCUCCACAGUCCCCACAUCACACCACCCAGUCCCCACAUCACACCACCCAGUCCCCACAUCACACCACCCAGUCCCCAGUCCCCACAUCACACCACCCAGUCCCCAGUCCCCACAUCACACCACCCAGUCCCCAGUCCCCACAUCACACCACCCCUCCUACAGUCCCCACAUCACACCAACCCUCCACAGUCCCCACAUCACACCAACCCUCCCAGUCCCCACAUCACACCAACCCUCCCCGUCCCCACAUCACACCAACCCUCCCCGUCCCCACAUCACACCAACCCUCCCCGUCCCCACAUCACACCAACCCUCCCGCUCCCCACAUCACACCACCCGUCCCCGUCCUCACAUCACACCACCCGUCCCCGUCCCCACAUCACACCACCCGUCCCCGUCCCCGUCCCCGUCCCCACAUCACACCAACCAUCCCCGUCCCCACAUCACACCAACCAUCCCCGUCCCCACAUCACACCACCCUUCCCCGUCCCCACAUCACACCACCCUUCCCUGUCCCCACAUCACACCACCCGUCCCCGUCCCCACAUCACACCAACCGUCCCCGUCCCCACAUCACACCACCCGUCCCCGUCCCCACAUCACACCACCCGUCCCCGUCCCCACAUCACACCACCCGUCCCCAUAUCACACCAGCCCUCCCCAGUCCCCACACCAACCCUCCCCAGUCCCCACACCAACCCUCCCCAGUCCCCACACCACCCCUCCCCAGUCCCCACACCACCCCUCCCCAGUCCCCACAACCACACCAACCCUCCCCAGUCCCCACACCAACCCUCCCCAGUCCCCACACCAACCCUCCCAAGCUCGUCUGGAG